GAGCAGUCUUUCCCUAAGUAGAAACGGCACUGGGCCUGCUGAGUCCAGCCACGUUGGGGUGGCUGACGCUCCCAGUGGUAGCACAGAAAUGCAGUCGGUCAGCAGCAAUUACGCCACUAUCCUGCACGGGGAGCAGCAGAGGGACUACCCGGGGACUCUGGGACGGGGUGGGCUGGAGAUGGGCAGCGGAUUUGUGGUGGGAAGGCCCGAGAGAGAGGGCAGCAUUCCACUGAGCACCGGGAUGUAUCCGGAAGGUGGUGGGUUCAUAGGAGACUGGCAUGAACGGGUGGGGAUAACCGGGUACCCACUGGGCAGGAGGGAUAUGACACCUCAGCUGCUUCCGUAUCCCGGCCAGGGCCGGGGAGCUUUUGGGGGCAUCCUAGGUUAUGGCGGAGUGUGGCCCUUAGCACCUGAGGGGUCAGGAAGAGGAGUGCCUGUCGGAGGUGCUCACUCUCUCGCCCUAAGGGUUGGCGAGUUCCUGCGUUUGCGCCUUGCGCAGGUGACCUUCGACCCUUCGCAGCCGCCGUACGACUCAGUGCAGGUGUACGGGCUGGAAGGCACAGGCUCCCGCGCCGGGUCCCUCAGCUCCCUGGACAGCGAGGGAGGCAAAGAAGCCGAGAAGGAGGUGUGGGGAUCAGGUCUGGAGGAUUGGGGCCCACAAUUCCAGAAAUUAGCCCAGCUUUUUAGGGAAAGGGAGAAGGAGAGCGGAGAAGAUAAAGAAGGAGAUGCAGAAGCCAGCAAAAAGCACAAGGAUAGGGAAUGGGAAGAGAAGGAGGAGCAGUCUGGAGACGAGGAGCAGGCGAAUGUCUGAGAGAGCGAGAAGGAGAGGGGUUGGGUGGGACAGUGAUUAAAAGGCAACAAGAGCUGGAAUAAUGAAAAGUGAAGGGUAAGGAGGGAGAGACGAAGAGGAAAGGUAAUAAGGGAAGACAGGGAAAAAUGAACAGAGAGAGCAAAGGCAGUGGAGAGAGUGAUUGAUGCAAUUUGAAGCAAUAAGUGCUGAAAAGCUGAUGUGUGAGCACAGAGCGGUGUUUCUUUAGCCAGCAUUUAACAUUCCUUAAGUGUGUUUGGCAGUAAGCGAAAAGCAAAGUUCACUGUAUUCCAGAUCACAUUUAAUUACGACAGAGAAAGAACGAGAUUUCAACUCUGAUUUUCGUGGCAGCGAGCAAGACAAUGGUACCACGCGGGAAUGAGAAAUGCAAGGCCGGAAUAACAAAGAUGAAAAGUUACGGCAACACACGAGGGAGUAGGAAAAUUAAUAUUUGUACAGAAAUUGUUUAUACAUUCACAAAAGCAAGAGAACUGAAUUAUUCAAAAGAAAGCACUGAAUAUUACAGUAAAGUCCUGAAUAAGUGUCUGCACAAAGAUUCUCUGUGUUUACACAUACACACAGACGAAAACAAACACGCAUCAAUUUUAAACCCUGCUUGGAAAUUCUGCUUUGCGGAUGUCACAUUGUCAGGGUUCAAAAUGACUCACAUUUUUGCCAAGAACAGAUUGUAUACAAAGUUGCUCAAGAAAAAAAAAAGAUGACAAAAUUAAAAUGUAGUGAUGCUAAAAUUGUGCAAAACAUAUGCACAAACAAUCAUUACUAAAAAAAAAAAUCCCACAUUUAAAAAGUCAAGAUGAUUUAUGAGAGCUGACAGGUCUGCUUCAGCUAGAAUGCACUUUUAUACAUGAUGUUCGAAAAUAGAUUACAAUGUUGUUGUUGUUUUUUAUUGGAGGAAAAAAAAACAUGAAAAAUA